AUGGGAUUUCUUACCGAUCUGACUUCUGAUAUCACCAAGCUUGCCACAGAUGUUACAAGUUCUGCUAACGACCUGGCUCAAGCUGCCACCGCUACCAGUACACAAGUGAGUGCAAAUGCCACCAAAGACGCCGAAACUGCCCGCCGAAAUGCUGUCAACAACGGUGAAGCAGUCAGAACUUCGGCUCGUGCUACUGGUGACUCCAUACGUACAUCGGCUCGUGCUGUUGCCGAUUCGGUGAGAGCAUCAGCACGUGGUACUGCGGACACGGCUCGUGCUGCUGGUCGUGAGACCGCUUCCUCAGCCCGCAUGGCUGCUCGUGGCACCGCUGAUUCGGCCCGUAUUGCUGGGCGUGCUACGGCAGAUUCAGCUCGCGCCACCGGUCGCGCUACUGCUGAUUCGGCUCGCUCGGCUGCUCGUAAUGUUUCAGCGUAA